CCAGCGGCACCAAAGAAAGCUGCUCCGUCCAAGAGGAAUCAGAUUUUUUCUUUUUUUCUUUGGAGGUUUGAAGAGGUUUGUGGUUCACUCCUGCUGUAGUCAGAGCUCGGAGUUUGGGAGUGUUGGACGGGAAUGAGGGUUUGAAGCGACACAUGACAGCUCUCCUGCUGCAGUAUGAGAGGUUUGUAAAAGGACGUGAAAUCGACGACACUCUCGGAAAGGAGAUGGAGGAGCCAGAAGAUAAUUGUUACUGCUCGGGCUGUGGAGGAAAAAUCCAAGACUCGUUUCAGAUGAAAGUCCUACAAGAUACCUGGCACAACGACUGCUUUCAAUGUUGUGUUUGCUGCGACCACCUGACUAACUGGUACUAUGAGAAGGACGGGAAGCUGUACUGCCGCAAACACUACUGGGAGAAGUUUGGAGAGCUCUGUCAUGGUUGCUCUCUGCUCAUGACUGGACCCACAAUGGUGGCCGGAGAACACAAGUACCACCCCGAGUGUUUUGUGUGCCUGAGCUGCAGAGUGGUGAUUGAGGACAUGGAUACCUACGCUUUAGUCGAGAGGUCGAAACUCUACUGCGGAAAGUGCUACAAGCAGGUCGUCCUCACGCCCAUGCUGGAAAAACGUUCACACGACUCGAUCCUAGACUCGCUGCCCCACACGGUGACCCUCCUGUCCAUGCCCUCCGCCGCCAACGGCAAAAGGGGCUUCUCCGUGACGGUGCUGAGGGACGUCAGCGGCUCAGCGAGCGUUCAGGUCAAAGAUGUCAAAGGGAUGCUUAUUAGUCCAGAGGUGCGAAAUGCCAUCCAUGCUGGAGACAGGAUCCUGGAGAUUAAUGGCCUUCCUGUGGAGACGUUGAUGGAGGAUGAGGUGGACGAUCUCAUUCACCGCACCAGUCACACGCUGCAGCUGCUCAUCGAGUACGACCCGGUCAGGCAGCGCUUGGACCGGCUCAGACUGGGAUCCCCCAGGAACGAGCUGGGAGUCCCCGCCACCUCCCGCAUGCGUCUGUCCUCGCGUCCCGACGCCGUCCUGGAGAGGACAAACGUGGUCGAUGAAGGCACGCUGAAAAGGAGGUCUUUAAGACGCAGUAACAGCAUAUGUAAGUCACCCGGACCAAAUUCCCCCAACGAGUCGCCUUUUAUUACGCGAGACAUCGGACGCUCCGAAUCUUUGAGGUCCUCCAGUAGCUGCUCUCAUCGCAUCUUCCGGCCGUGUGACCUCAUCCACGGAGAGAUCUUAGGAAAAGGCUUUUUUGGACAGGCCAUCAAGGUGACUCAUAAAGCGACCGGAGAGGUGAUGGUGAUGAAGGAGCUGAUCCGCUGUGAUGAGGAGACACAGAAAACCUUCUUGAAGGAGGUCAAAGUAAUGAGAAGCCUGGAUCAUCCCCACGUUUUGAAGUUUAUUGGUGUGCUAUACAAGGACAAGAGGCUAAAUUUGAUAACUGAGUUUAUUGAGGGAGGCACGCUGAAGGAUUUCAUCAGAGACACAGAACCGUUUACAUGGGAGCAGAGGGUGAGCUUUGCAAAGAGUAUCGCCUCUGGCAUGGCGUACCUUCACUCAAUGAGCAUCAUCCACAGAGAUCUCAACUCUCACAACUGCCUGGUUAAACUGGACAACACUGUCGUCGUCGCUGACUUUGGACUGUCGCGACUCGUCGUGGAGGAUAAAGUGAAACCCCCCCCCGAAAAACCUACCACCAAGAAGAGGGUGUUCAGACGCAUCGACCGAAAGAAGCGGUACACCGUAGUGGGAAACCCUUAUUGGAUGGCACCAGAGAUGCUCAAUGGUAAACGCUAUGACGAGAAGGUGGACGUUUUCUCCUUUGGAAUUGUGUUGUGUGAGAUAAUUGGGAAAGUGUAUGCAGACCCUGAGUGCCUCCCCAGGACUCUGGACUUUGGUCUACAUGUUGGUAAAUUUGUGGAGAAGUUCCUCCCUGAAGACUGUCCACCAGCUUUCUUUCCACUGGCUGUGGCCUGUUGUGACCUCACACCAGACACCCGUCCACCUUUCCAAAAACUCGAGGACUGGUUCGCAGCUCUUUCCCUCAACCAGGAGUUGGGAAUCCCCCUCCCGGCCGAACUGGACGAACUGCAUCAGAGUCUGAGUCGACUCUUCUGGCCUAAAGACGACUCUCCAACCCAGGGCGACGAGCCGCUGACCCCAACGCCAGCGUCUCCGAACUGUUCCAGCGUGGCGGACACCGGCACCUAGCACUUGCACCCCGUUCGGUCCCUCUUUACCUUUUGUGAUGCCUCUGAACUGCUGCACUAAUACUUGUGGAUGAGAAAAAGAGGAAAAAUAGUGUUGAACGUGAGCCAUUUUAGAACUGGAUAACCUUAGGUAGCUGGACCAGUCUCCCUGUGUGGGACCAUAACUCUGAGUACCAGCAAACUGCAAUCAGAGUGAAAAAGACACAUUUCAAAACGACAAGUGUUAGUUACUAAUUUUUCUUACCCGUCUAUGCCGUCUCUCAAUGCACACAUGGGUGUUUUUAAUGUUUACUGUGAUCAAAAUGUAACUUUACUUGGUUUUUAUUCUGUACAGCAGCGUAUUUAUGAGGCCGCAGCAGUUUUGUUUUCCUUCCUCUGAAGUUGUUGUUGUUGUUUGCUGCGUGAGGGCAUGCAUCGGCUAGUCCUUAACCGAACGUGGCUCUACUUGACUUCAGCAGCAGAGAAAACAAAGAUCCCGCUGAUUGGCGACCCAGAAAUCAGAGCAGGGCAUGAGGAAAACCACUUCCAAGCAGCUCUGUUCUCAUUUCUUUAUAUUCUAAUGACUUUAAUUGAUUUCUCACAGUGAUGACGAACACUAUUUAGGACAAGAGAGCUCUUUGGAAACGUAUGACUGUUUUAAAUAAUUGUCAGGACAAAAUCAUAUAACAACCUGCUUUGUACAGUCAGAGUGGUUUUGUUUUCUUAAGAAGUGUAUAUAAUUAUGUACAUAUUAUACCUCUAAUUUGAUUUCAUUUUUCUAAUGGGAACUCUAGAUUUGUAGAUUUUUUUUUUUUGACAUUUCGUCAACUGUGGACGUUUGUUGCCUUCCUUUUUUUGCUAUCAUCAUGCGAGGUACUGACGAUCAGUUGUAACCACUGUUAUUUAUAUCACUGUAGUGUUUCAUAAAUAAAACCUCAGAAAGCUGA